AUGAAGGGAAUCAAAUUGGUCAUCGUACGGUCCAAGAAAUACGACUUCAUCUUGGAUUUCGACGUCGAAAAGAUGACCAUCAAAGCCAAGAAGCUGAAAUCGAACAAAUCACUACUAUUCUUGAAUCAGAGCUUGGAACUGGGCGAAUUGAAGGCUUCGGAAAAGUCCAUCUUCAGGAACAUAUUCGAAGACAAGGAUAUCUAUUCAGUGGUAAACGUUUGUUUGAUGUUUAUCGAUCGAUGCGUCCUGAUUCAUUACAACGACGUAAACAAGAUCUUCAACGCCCGACAACAAGCAAGAGAUGAUCAGCCAAUCCCACUUCGCCAGCUCCGAACAGCGAUUAACUUCUGGAUCAAAAAGGACAAAGGUUAUAAAGAAGUUGAUCGAGUUGCUCAUACAGUGGAAUUCGAAAUCAGUUUUAACUCCAAACUCUUACGAUUUAAUUUCCGGACCCUAGGUGGAGACACGCUAUUCUAA